AUGAAUGAAUAUCAACGAGUGGAAAUGAUGGAAGAUAAGCGAUGGACAAAUAUUUUGAAAUGUGACAUUAUGGAAAAUAUUACAAAAUUGGGAGAUGCAGAGCAACAUGAUCGUCUUGCAGAAAUGGAUGUCAAUAUGCUAAAUGAAAAUAUUCAUCUUCAAAAUCUGAAAAAAAAUAUUGGAAAAUAUCAUGAUGAAUUUAAAGUGGUAAAUGAAGACUUUAAAGAUAUAAUUUUAUCUGGUGUUGGAAAUAAGAUUUUGUUAGAAAGAUAUAGACAUUUACGUCCAGAUAAAAUAAAAUUGAGCAUGAAUAAUACUAUACACACAAUUAAUAAUGCAUCGAAUGCACGAAUUGAGCGAUUUAAUAUAGCAAAAAAAAAAUUGGAGGAUAUACACAGACAUCCGACUCUAAAGAAAAAUGAUCAACAUAUCAAAAGAAAUAAAAUGGAAGCAAUAAUGGGAAAAAUCGUAAACAAAAUUAAGAGAACUGCACUGGUUGACUCGACCAAAAGAACAACAAAAAAAAUGGUGGAUGAUGUUAAACAAAAUUUAAUCAAAUAUGACACAGUAAUAGAACAAUUACAGAAUGAUGCUAAAUCAAUGGCCGUGAUCAUUAUGAAAGAAAUUGAAACUGGUACAAAUUUUAACCAAGACUCAGUAAAUUAUAUUAAAAGUUAUUUUUCUGAGAAGGAUGCUAAUGAAAAAUGUAUCAAUACAAACACGUCUUACAUAGACAAAAUAGAUGCAAUAAUGGAUUCAAUGGAACGCAGUAGAAAGUCAUUAAUGCAAGAGAAGCCGGUCACAAAAAUUGAAGAAAAGUUUUAUUCAGAACUUCCAUGGGCAAUUGAUACAACUGAUAAAGCUACUUCGAUUGCUGAAACUAGUAAACAUAAAGAAACAAAUAAUAAAAACAAUAAUUGGUGUGGUAAUAUUUCACAAUUUGGAAUAAUGCACUACGUCCAUCCAGAUGACAAAACUAAAUAUUUGAACAAUUUAAAAAAUAACACAAAUGUUUCAUAUAUCGACUAUAAGUUUCCUGAAAAUAUCUUUGACUAUAUAACUAUUAGUGAUAGUCAACCAACAAACGAUAAGAUAGCCGCCGAUUGCAUACUUAAUCAAUUAGAGUAUAAUAAUAUUGAAGAUUUAGUAAAAUGUGUCGAAUGUACUAAAGAAGAUUUAAUAAAAUUAAGCCAGUUGUCAACUUUAAGAACGGCUUUACAGAAUUUAUUAUUGAAGGAAAAGUUAUAUAAAAAAGAAACUAUCGAUAAAUUGAAACUUUUGACUAUCAAAGAUAUUGAAUUCACUAAACAAGUGGAGAGUUUCAAAGCAUUCAUUGAUGACCAAAAUAAAAAAAUAUCUGAACUUGAAAAAAUCAAAACUUACUAUUUGAAAUUGUUUAAUGAUUUGUAUUUCUACUUGGACAAUAUUAAAAUUAUACUUAAAAAACUCGAUGUUUCAAUUGACGAUUCUAAACAAUUAGAAUUUAUCAAAAAUCUGACUUCACAARCCAAUAAUGUAGAUACUGCCACUGAGGAAUUAAUGAAAUCAAUAGAAGAUAUAAAAUCAAUGAUCGUUAUAAUUAAUGGAAAGUUUGGAUGGUGUAAUUUGAUUAUACCGGAUGAAUUCGAUUUCAAAAAAUUGAAUUUUGCUCGUGCGAUGUAUGUGUAUAAAGUUCAAGAAUUCCUACACGCAGAAAUAUUGAAGAAAAAUAUGAAAUUCUCUCUUUUAAUAAAAAAAAGUAAAGCAGCAGAUAUGCCAAAAAAAUCUGAAUACAUCUUAACUAGAGAUGAUAUGAAAAGACAAGCUGAACAAAUUGUAAAAAUGUUUAAUGAAAAAGAUACGGAUGGUUCGAAAAACAGGAGAAAACCAAUAUCUUUCAGAAAAAGUUUUAUAUAG